GGUCAAUACAUGAAGGCAUGGCAGAAAAGAAUAACAGAGUUGCUGAGGAUGUGGCGGAAUAUUGUCUUUUCCCUUUGUUAUCCGGGACAGGAAAGGGAUCAGAUAAUAGUAGUGUUUUAAGUGAAUGUAUUAAUUCGUAUCUUACAUAUCUCAGCCCAACGUUGAUCGACGUUAUCUGGCAAAAUGAAGGUUUCAAACUGAAAGCAGUGGAAGAAAAGGGAAAUUUUCCCGCUCAUUUACUGGGAGAGACAAACUUUGCGGAAAAUGUUCAGGAUGAAUGGUUUAUUGUACACUUGAUCUUCCAACUUACCAAACAAUUUACAGGACUUGUUGCUAGGAUUCGUGAUAGUGACGAGGAAUUUCUGCUGAUUGAAGCAGCAGACGCUCUCCCUAAAUGGCUUAAUCCGGAAUCUGCUGAAAACAGGGUGUACAUAUAUAACGGUGAGUUACACAUCAUUCCUAUCCCACAAUCCCCAGCUGAGAUGGCUACAUUCCCACGUUCUGUAACAAGUAUCGGAGAUGCCGUUGAAUGUGUUAGAACUUACCCAGAACAAACUCGAGCUCCUCAACAAGUUCAAACUGCAAUAAAUAACAGAAUAAAAAAUUUUCCGGACUUGAUGUCAGAGCAUACACAUUUUGCACAUUGUUACAUUCCGGCUGCUAUAGCUGCUGUGUUGGAUGAGAAACCGGCACUGGUUGCUCCUGCUGUCCGAGCAUUUUACUUCAGAGAUCCCAUUGAUUUGAAGUGCUGCAGAACAUUUCAGUAUUUUCGGCCUGGUACCAGGGUUAUAAAUAGGACUCGUCUGACAAGAUGCUUGUAUGCACAAUUAGUACAUCAGAACUUCCAGCCAGACAAAAGAAGUGGCUGGGUCUUGCCGAGCACAUCAAGUCCAAAGUUUAGGUCCCAUGAUCUUGGCAUGAAACUUGCACACGGGUUUGAAAUCAUGUGUCAUAAAUCUGAGUCCAAUGGUAACCAUGGUAACGCUAAUGAUGACCCGCCCGUUUCUGGUGCAAGAUGGGAGAAAUAUGUUCAGACUCUAAAAGAUAAAAACUUCUUCAGGGGAGAACUGGAAGGCUCAAAUUUAUAUAAUCAAUUGAUGGAAAAUGCUAGAAAGUUCUACAAGGAAAAUUUCAAAUUCAGUAAUAGGGAAGAAGAUGCAGGUGCUGAAGUUCUUCAGUUACUGAAAACAUUAAAUGUUGAUAUAGAAGGAAGAAGGAGAGCAGAACAAUAUCUAGAGUCACCCGAUGAUGAUUCAUGGAUGAAUUUGACCCCAGAAUCUCUCGAUGAAAUGAUGCGAGAGAGAAGUGGUAACUAUGGUAACCAGGAGGAUAAUGAUGGUGUGUUUGAUCUUGGUAAAAUAGCAGACAAUAUGAAGGCUUUUGUUGGCAAUGUUUCUAGUAUAGAUGGAGCAGAAUUUCCAAAUGCUGGUGAUGAAGAUGAUGAGGAUGCAGAUAUACAGUUUGAUGGGAGUGGUUUUAUAUCUGCCAUGCAGGAAAUGUUUGAGUUUGAGGAUAGUGGUAGUGACUCGAGUUCGGACAUGGAUGAGUAUGGAUGGGAAGAGGAUGAGGAUGGUAAAACAACAAAACAUGCCAAGAUAAAACGUCCCCCAUCUCUCGAUAAAUACAUGGACAUUAUGGACAAAGAACUCUCGAAAACUGAUGUUGGUAAAAGUUUUGAAAAACAGAAAAAGAAAACAGAAAAGGUACAGACCCCAAGUAAAGAUAUCAAUGAAGAAGAUGAUGACUUCCAGCCUGUAGACAUUGAUUUAAAUACUGUUAAAAAUUUACUGGAGUCAUAUGGUGCCCAGGAAGGAUUGGCUGGCCCAACAUCUAAUAUUCUAGGCAGUAUGGGUGUAACCAUACCUCCAAAUAUGGACAACAUUGAAAAUGGAGAGAACACAAAUAUUCCUCCUACAGAAAAACUUGAUAAAAAGCCAACUCCGAAGCCAAGACCAAAGCCUGCUGUGAGGACAUCUACCAAUGGUUCACAGAAAACACCACCCCCUAGGCCUCCUCCCCCUCAGGCAGGUAGGACUGGAGGAGGGGUACCUAGACCUCGAGCAAGACUUGACAGCAAAGAAACAGAUGUAUAAUUGUCCAUAUACAAUCCUUCCUUAAUAAGACAAUUUUAUUUCUGAAAAUAAAACAUGAAUAAAUUUUAGUUUAUGAAAGUUUUUGUAUCAAAUUAUCAUUUCUGUUGUGAACACAUUUCAAACAGUAUUCUCAGUUGUUUUCUCUAAGAUAUAUAAAAAUAUAAUAAAAUAUUUUUGUUAAAAUUUAACUAGACUCAUUUUAAUAUUAAAGAAAAAAAAUAUUUUUCUAGGUGAAAAAUUAUUUUUCAUUAACUUUGUUUUCUUGUGCUUUGCCAUUGUGAGAAAUCUGUUCAUUUUGCUCCUUCUUAUGUAUAUUUUCCUUUUUGUUGAUGCUCAAUUCUUAUUCUUUUGUUGCAUAACUAUAUACUGUGUAUUACAACUUGACAAAAAUUCUCAUUUUCUUGUUGUUGUAGUUAUAAAUAUGCUCUGUAUUUUGUUUUAUUUUUUACCAGACCGAGCCAUUAUAUUAUUUAGUUUUUACCAUUUAUAGUUUGUAUCAUUUUCAUGUAUAUUAUUUGAGAUUUUUCAUUUGACCACCUAUAUGCACUUAUAUACAAAAAUUUUUCUACAGGCAAGCUUUGGUUUUAAUUUUAAAUACCCAUUAAAGGAACUCCACUUUGGUCCAAAAGCCUAAAAACAUAAAAUUCGAAUUUUUAACAUCAGCUUGGGUCCUUAAAACAGAGCGAUUUGCUAAAGAGAAUUAAGAAAUAUACCCAGAAAUAAAUUGAAAAUGGUAUUUUUGCUAUACAUAACUCAAUUGGAGUGAAAAGUUUGCAAUGCUUUUAAAUUUUGGGUCAUUUUACACAAGUAGAAUUAUUAUGCUGGGAAAACAAAAUUAGCGGUUGAUGUGAAAUUUUGCACACAAGUUAUCAGGCUAGACCUACGUCAAAUAGAACAGUAAACUCAAAAAAUUAUUUUGAUUUUGAUUUCCCAUCAAUUUGAAAAACUCAGUGGAGUCCCUUUAACUUUUAAAAUGACAAAAACUGUAUGAGAACAUUUUGAAAAAUUAUGACACACUUAGCUCUUUGUUAGUUAUAAAAAACUGUUCUGUCAUUCAUUUCCUACAUAUUAUUUUAUUUUCAUGUUAUUUUCAUGGACUGGAAGCCAAUUUAAUGUUAUAUUCUUGUGCCUGCGCUAAUUAAGAUAAGAUUGGUUAGUAUGGCCUUUUGUUGGAAACUUAUUAUUCAUACUUGUGACACGUGAUUGUCAUUCUUUAAAUAUUGAAUAUGUAAGAUGACCAUACCAUAAUGUUUUGAUAUUUUUAUGGCAUAAAUUUUAGAUAUUUUUGGGAUCAUCAGAUUUAUGUAUGGCUUGCAAAGUUGGUGGGUCGCUACAAAAUGUCUGGCACUUUCGCUGAAAAAAAUUAGCAGAUUAACAGUUCAUCAAGAAUGAAAUGUAUUGAGAUAAUUAAAAUAAUUUGAAGUUAAAUUUACAAAAAUUGUAUCAAAAUAAUGUAAUCUGUGUUAGGAAUAUGGUAAGAUAUUACAUACUUAGUUGGUCUCACUUUCUCAGAUCAAAUUGUGUACUAAAAUAGUUCUUUCUUAUAUAACCUAAAGAUUUACAAGCAUCAGGUGGUUUAAUGUUUAUGAAAGUACCGGGUAUUGUGUAAAAUGGCAUGCAUUUAGAUACUGUCUUUUUCAUCAGUGCUGUGUAAAAGUAACAUUAAGUCAUAUGAUAAUCAGGGAGUUGUAAAAUAUUCCAACUUUAUCCAUUAGUCAUUUAUAUUCCAAAUUACAAGCUAUGUUCAUUAGUCAUUUAUAUUGUAUUUUUUUUUAAUAUUUUAUUUUGCUUUGUUAUUCUUGUAGUUUACAAAACUAUAAUGCUUCAAAGUGCUUUUGUUUAGCUAUGUGUUUUGUUUUUUUAAUUACUUUGAAACUAAGUUUCUGUUUACAUUAUGAAUGUAUGAUAUAGUAUAUGUAUAUAAUUUGAUAAAAACGACAAAAUGUUUUGUAAAACAUAAACUGGGCAGAGUCAAGUGAAUAAUGAUUGUACGUAUAUGGUUGUUUAGAACAAAGAUUUGGCUUAAAAAGAGUCACUUUUUCACCUCAUUGACAGCUUAGUAUCAUUGUAUUUUAUCAACCGUCCAUCUACAAUAUGCACAAUAAUGUCUCCUCUAUAACCAUGGUGUCAAUUUUGACCAAACUUCAAAGAGAACUGUAUUGUUUUAUAUCCUUUGAAAUAUAGGUAGUUGUUAUAUGCUUAACUACAAUAAAAAAAAGGAGACAGAUUUCAAAAUUGUUUCAUGGAAUAAUUGUGUAGGAUAUCCAUUUCUUAAUACCUCUAAAUUGUUUUACUACUAGUACCUUAAAAAAUGUUGCACUUACAAGUGAAAAAUGUUAUUGAAAAUAUAUAGGAGAUUAGUUGCGUGUUAUAUAUUAACCUAGCACUGAUUAAUACCUUCAAAACAUUAUAAGAGUAGAACAACCUUGAACAGGUCAUUAAUAACAAUAUUUUAAUAUAGUUGGAGAAGAGAAUGAAUGGCCAUUAGUAGACCUGAUUGUUUUCAAGUUGCAGAGGAUGUAGCAUAUUCCUGUUCCUUUACAAUCGUUUUACUGAUCAAUGCAGUAUUUGACAUUAUAGAUUUACCAUAAACCAUUGUAAAGUGAGAUUUAAAAAUUUUAGAUUUUUGGUUGGUUGAAUUUGUUGUUAUUCCUAGAUCAUCCUGUGACAUUUUUGGAAGUCCUGAUGACUGUAAUAGAAAGUGCUAUGGAAUAAUAUAACAAAAUAAGCAAGCUUAUAACAGAUGUGACCCAAAUGUAAACUUUUUUUAAACCUAAACCUCACUGCUGUUUGAAUAACAACACUGUAUAUUUGUAUAUAUUUGUAUUACUGCAAACUAACACUGUGUUCAAAAUUUGUAUGAUUGUAUUGUAUUAGAAUAUAUUGCUAGUCAGUAGAAAUGAUGAAUGUCGUGAUCUUGUCAUUACAAUGUACUUUUAAACUGUAAAUAUAUGUAUAAUGUCACUUAUACAGGAUGAAAGUUGGAUCAGAAAAUAUACUGAACAGAUGACGGAACUUUUUCUCCUAUCUUUUUAUAAAUGACAUCAAAAUAUAUAAUUGUAAUAACUUUUUUGGGGGCUGGGUUUUAAGUCAAGCUGACAUUGCAACUUUCCAGCUUUAUUGGAACUCAGUUGCCCUUCGGAAUAUAACAUGUAUUUCAGGUAGAAGUAGGCAUGUGAGUUGACAAAAUGUAUAUAUUCUAUAAUUGAACAUUUUGCGUUGUGAACUUACCAUAGAUAUAGUUAUUAGGAAAUGUUUUUUUUUUCAUUUGUUAACAGUUUUGUAGACAUCUCAAUUCAUUAUCUUGCACUUAUAAACAUGCACUAAUUAAAGUGUAGUUGUUUAAGAAUAGUCCGAGCUACAUUGAGUAGUAUCUUUUUGUAGUAAAUGUAAUCAAGAAUAGCUCAUAAUUCCAUAUGUUUUACAGGAUAUAGAUUGCACAGUGCCAUAUGUUAUAAUAUAUAAGCAGUGCAAUAUUAUACUACUCUGUACACAUGCCUUUCAUCUUCACCUUUUGAGAUUCUCUUUACAAUGUUUACAGCAGCAUGCCUUCCAAUUAGGUGUAUAUACAUGUAUAUUCUAAGGUGAUUUUGUAUCAAGAAAUUAAGAUUGAGCAGACAGCAAUAUACAGUGUGUUAUCAGACUGCAUAGAAUGAUGUACAUGCUGGCUGAUGUAUGCAAAACUAAUCUCCACAUGCAUUCAAAACUUGUACAAGAAAUAAAUUAUUUUAACUAUGUCAAAGUAAAAACAUUUUGUAAUGGAACAUUCAUCAAUUGGUUCUUUGUUAGAUAUAAUCAACUUAUGGCAGAAAAAAGUAAGAUUGUUCACUUCUGACAGGUUUAUACUAAUGAUAGUAUUGGUAUAUAGAUUAUACACUUUGAUCUUUCAUGUAUAUGUCUCUGUUAAACAUUAUUGGUGCAGUUAUUUUUUGUUUAUCUAUGUGAUGUUUACAAACAGGUUGCUGAUACUGGUUGUUUUGUUAUGUAUUUCUCUGCUGAAACAAUUUUAAACAUUUAAUAUGACAUGCAUGUUCACAUGUGUAGAUAUUUAGAUAAAGUGCAUUUGUAGUAAUAGUUUGCCAACUAAUUAUGGCUAAUUUUGGCCAAUUAGGUAUAUGAAAAGUUUGCAUCAUUGAAAAAAAUGGUUUACAUUGUCAAAAAAAUGUCACACCUGGCAGGUUCUUAGACAUAUUGUUAAUUUUAUUGAACUUAAAAUAUUUAAUUAAUGAGUAUUCCAGUAUUAAUUGCUGUGCUUGCUUGUUUUCAAUUUAGCACAGUCCAUUAUCAAUUAAAGGGAUGUCAAGGUUCACAGUUGGUCAGGUUACAGUACAGAUUGCCCAGAUGUGGUGCUGAGCUCGGCUCUUUAAUUUAGAAUUUCAGUGUCAGCAAUCUUAGGUUUAAGAGAUUAUGUUGUUCUCUGGUAUGAUUUACUGACCUUGACAUGUCAGAUGAAAGAGACCUGUGAUUGAUAUUUUAGCUAGAUGUUGAUGCAAGUUUCUGACCUUUAGUAAAUGAGAACAGGUUUAUUGACUGACAAAGUUUACAUCAUCUUUAUUGUGGUCACUUGGAGAUAACAGUGGGCAUGUUAGUUUAAACAUAAUGCAGCUAUAUGGAUGUAUUUUGUACACCUGUUAAGCAGUCCUGAUUUAAAAGUGUUAGUUUUCAUGGUUGAAUUUCUUAUAAUGUUUUAUAAAUUAAGCAUUUAAUGAAUGAAAAAAAAAUAUUUGUGACAUAACAUAUCAAAAUAUGUUAACCAGAUGUUGAUAUUGUUAAUUGUGAAUGACAUAAAGACAAUUGUAUUUAACAUUAAUCAUUUAAUGUACAUGUACUACUUUUUUCUAAUAUUUACAUUCCUACAUGCACUUUAUAUAAACUUUUGAUAAUAUACUAUUAUCAUUCUGCCUUGAGUAUUAUAUGGUACAGCUUUAAAAUGAUAUGCCACUUGUUUAAUCAGUGCAUCUGUUUAUUAAGAUAUUAUUUCGUUUAAUCAAAAUUAUACAAUAAAAUAAAGGACAGUGGUAAUAUGUUCAGGGCAGAGAAUUAUAUAUUUCACUAUAGGGUUACAGUAUAAUAUGCAUAAUAAACACAUAACUAUAUUCAAACUCUUUAUUUACACACUUCUAAAACAUAAUGCAAUAUUGACGAUUUUUUUCUAUAGAAUAAAUUUUUGAAUUCUAA